AUGGCCGGGGCCUUCCUGGGGCUUCCCGCGGGCUGGGCGGGGCUCAUCGACCGCUGGGGCGUCCCCGCGUUCCAGGCCUGGGCCGCGCGCUGCCCGGCGGUGGAGCUCCCGCCGUGCCCAGCGUGCCCGGGCUGCAGCUGCCCAGCCUGCCCGCCCUGCCCUGGUGCCUCAGUGGGCGCGACCACGGGCACUGUCGCACUCGCCUGCGGGACGGCCGCGCUGACUGGCGCGUCGCUCGGGGCCCCCGGCACCUUCACGGCGCUCCGGCUCUGGGCGCCGCGCUGGGCGUGUCAGGGACACAGCCGCCGCUCGCUACGCUCGCCGCUGGGCCUCAUGUCGGAGGCGUGGGCGUGGGUCCUCUACAACGUGGUCGGCGCGCCGCUGUUCCACCAGAGGAGGGUAGCAGGCCAGCUGGCGCUCACGAGUGACGUGAUCAUCGUGACCCCAGAUGACAUGGUCUAUGCCGGGACCUUGCUGACGGCCGGGCCCGACAUCUCGGCGGUGCAGUUCCGCCAGGUCCCUUCGGCGGCGCGCGAGGCGGCCUGGCUGGCGGCCGCCGUCGCGGAGGCCGACGCCGAGUUCGGCCGCCGCCAUCCAAGGGUGCCCGUGCCGCCUGGCGGCACCCUGGUGCCGAUGGCGGGCGGCUUGCUGCCAGGGUUCGUGGCGCCCGCGGCCGCGCCAGCCGCCAUCGUCGGGCCCGUGCCGCCUCCCGAUGGGGCUGCCGCUGCGCCGCUCGCGGCCGGGGUCGCCGCUGCCGCGUUGGCCGCUACCGGGCCGCCCGCGCCCGACGGACCGCUCGCCGCGGCGGUGCCAGGCCCGGCGGCCGGCGUGCCCAUCGCGCCGGGCGCCCCCCCGGCCGUCGGAGCGCCAGCGGGCUGGUCGUGGGUGCUCGCCGAGGAUGCAGGCGGCCUCGCCUGCGGCUCGGUGGUGCAAGUCGGCCCGAUCGGUGGCGCGAUCUUGGCAGCGCGAGCGGGCCGACGAGCGACCAUCACUCUCGUCGGAGGUGCCUCCGCCAUGGCGUUCCUCCUGGAGGACUGGCGGCGAGGUGAUUUCGUCGGCAAUGGGGCCGACGCGAGGAUUUUGGCGCGCACGCCGGGCGUUCGCCUGGCACGGAGCUGGCUCGCAGUGACCGAGUCGGCGGACCUUGCAGCCGAGGUCCGCGGGCUGCUGCGUGGCCACCACGAGAGCUGGAAGUCCCGCAAGAGGCUCAACCCCUCGGACUGGGGCGUCUCGGAGCACCACGCGCUCUCCACCGCGCUCGAGGACCUCGCCACGCACGACGAGGUGAACUUGACGAACCUCCUCGGCGCGGAGCGUCUUCUGAGGAAGAUGCAGCUGAUCGAGCACUUCUGGGACGAGAAGCAACGGGCGCAGGAUGCGGGGCAGCUGAAGCUGCCGGUGGAGGAGGUCUCCGCUUUCGUGGGCGGCACGGGCCCGUCGAGUCGCCCAAGCAGCAUGGCGCGCCCCGCCCUGCUUGGCGCGGUCGGCAAGGAGCUCGAGCGCAUCAGUCUGACCAAGAAGAACGCCCGCAAGCUACGGGAGGAGGCGAAGGCCGCCGCUAGGCCGAAAGCUGGCGGAGCCAAGGCAUGA